UUGGUGCUGCCCAAGUUCCAUUGUGAGCUCAACCCAAUUGAGAUGUACUGCGGUUGGUGCAAGUACCACUCCCAACAAGCACCAAAGAACACUUUUGAUGGGGCAAAGAAGGCCACAUGUGGCUUUUGAUGCAUGCCCCUUUGAUGUAACCCCCCAUUUCAUCAUUUGGUCAUGGAGGUUCACAAGUGCCUACCAUGUUAGGCUUACUGGGAAGGCUGCCACUUGGGCUGUCUGCAAGCAGAAAAGUCAUUGCAGUGUCUCCCGAAGUGCCAUGAUGCACUCAGAUACUAUUGUUUCUUAGAUAUGAAUAUUUCUACUAUUUCUACUACCCAUUAGCCACUCAUAUAUGUGAAAAAAUAACCCCAAAAUAUUGGCAGUUCCCGAAAACACAUAGGAAAAAUCUGAAAAAUCGGAUUUAGGCUUGUUUCGAUAAUCUGAGUCUCAUUCCAGAAUAUCAGGCGAUUCUCACGAGCCGUUUUCAAGUUAUCAACUUAGUCGGCUUCGCUUGUCCGCGACUGUAGAA